GAACCUGAAUACCAGAACUUCAAUUUAAAGGGGGGAAAAAAAAGCAGAUUGAAAAAAAAUAUUUGCAGCCACAAGUUUCUUUAAAAACUUACAGAAGCACACUGACAAAAUGAUGUUUUGUUUCUGGUGAAAUGGAUCUUUCCUUUAUCUGACAUCAAGUGACUAAAUUAUUGUUUUCCUCAGAAAGGCUCUCGGCUAGGAUUUCGACUUGUCUUUAUAUUUACUCAGAAAAAGGUGUCUGUGACUUUACUUUCAGAGAAGAAAGAAAAGCAGAGGAGAGAAUCUACGUCUUCAAGAGGCUAAGGGACACAGGAUUGAAAUGUCCUGGAGAGUGUUCAGAAUUAACGCCAGCAAGUCAGAUGUUCACUCAGGGCACAAGUGGUAAGAAACACAAGAAAAAUCAACGUGCAGUCCAAGUGCUGCUUCAUUUUUCUAGAAAGUGACCCUCCAGGAAAGUUCCAGGAAAGUCUCCCUUGGCAACAGCCCUGAGGUUCCAGAAACCGUUCUAAACCCUGAUGGUCAGCUCCAGCGUCUGUUUGUCAUCGCUUCUUUCCGAGUCUUGAUUCCAGGGAAAUGCGUGUGGCGGUCCUGGCAGCAGACGUGUUUUUACUCCUCAGCAUGGGGUGGACCUCGGACUCUCUCUGCUCACCCACCAUGUUUUACAGAGACUGCUGGAUCCGUCGCUUCCCUGGUCUUCUAAUUGACCUGGAGGAGUCUCAGAAGCUGGGGGCCCAGUUCUUGAAGUAUUAUUCCGAAAGCACUGGUAGGAAGUGCAGUCAGAGCUGCUGUCUUCGGAAGGACGUGUCCUGUAACUUGGCUGUCUUCUUCCAUGACCCUGUUCAUGACAAUGUCAAUUGCCUCCAUGUCCACUGCCCAACCCUGGAGAGCUGCAUAUUGGAGCCUGGAACCAAUGCCAUUUUAUACAACAUAACAGACGGUAUAGAUCCAGAUUUGCUUGUUUUUGAACAGUCACUGCCCACAUAUCUAAAUACUCGUUCUUCAUCUAAUACACGGGAGAGACUAAGAAUUCUAAAAGCUAUGAAUUUAGAUAAACAACAACCAACCAUGAUAAAUCAAAUGCUACGGUCAAUAGAGGCGCCAUCAUCAACUGCCCAUCAAGAUUUUGUUGCAACCACAAAUACUAGGUAUUCCAAGGAAUUAACCACAGACUCUUGGGCAAGAUUCAUUUUCCUGAAUGACUCCAUUAGCACAAAGGUAAAUAUGGUGUCACCCAGUACUGAUUUCAUCAACAACCCUGAUAACAAGACUCUUUCUCCUUUCUUUGUGCCUGUAGACACAAAACUUUCUCAUAUGCCUAUUCCAUCCCAACUCAACAGUAGCAAACAGUUACUGAACAAAACCAAAGGUUACAACAGCAGAAACCAUACAUCUGAGAGUGAAGACACAGCACCUGAUCCGGCAUCUGCGAAGUCAAAGACCUGGCUGGUUCCUGUGGCCCUUUGCACCUCUGUCAUCUUUCUCUGCUGUUGUGGAGUCAUCCUGGCAUCUGGAUGCUAUCGAAAGCAGCAGGGCCAGUAUAAACCAGGACAGAGAAAGUCAGGUUCCAGGCAAAUGAAAAAAUGCACCCUUCUGAAGGAGCGCUCUUAAUGGUAAAAGAUGUGAGCACUAUAAGCUUUCAAGAGUAUCAUUUUUAGUUUUCUGUAAGACAAGGGCAGUUUAGUUAAAAAAACAACAACAAAACGCAACAGAUGCCCUUUCAUACUAAUUUCUAAAAAACGCCAAUGUUUGAUCGGCAUAACUGCUUUUCUGAUUAUUUCCUUUUUUUGGGGGAAUAGUAUAUCUUCUGUCAAAGUUCCAAAAUUCUGACCUCUGCAGUUACUUAGCACCAUGUAAAAGAUACAGUUCUAAGUGCCGAACACGUAUUGUUGAGUCCUUACACAACCCUGUGAGUUCGGUAUGCUGUUAUUUUCACAUCUUACAGAUGAACAAACUGAGAAGAGAGGCUAAGUAUCUUGUCUAAAGCCACAUAGCUAGUAUGUAGCAAAGCCAGAUUUAACAGGAAAUGAAUGCCUCAAGUCUAUGCUCAAAAUCACUGUUGGACUAAAAGCCUCUAUUUUGCCAAUGAGUAUGGAGAAAAGAUACAGGGAGGAAGAUACCAUAACAUCAUAUUUGCCUCCCAUCAAGGUCAAAUUACUCUCACAUGUGUUAAGGACAUCUUUUAGUGGUUUGAGCAAAAAAGCACUGUAAAUGAAUACAGGUACUGACCUGUGAGCAAAAACUUCCUGAUUUUUAUAUAGUUUUCUAUGUUCGAUUAAUCUUUCUUAAUCCUAAUCCAUCAUCUUCAUUUUCUAAAACUGACAUGCUCUCAAUGAUUAUGGCACUGAGAUCUUUGAGUUUACCCUUGACUUCUUUUUUUUUUUUUUUUGUCUUU